AUGAACUAUCUUCACAGCUUGUUCGACAACAUUUUAUGCGCCUCUCUGACUGAAUGGAAAGCGUCGUUUCAGCAGCACACAUGGAUACGAGACGUCAUAGUGGGACCAGUGACCGAGGAAAUCACGUUUCGAUGCUGUUGUGUCACAUUGCUAAAGGAAUGUGUAUCGCCGACUGUAGCGAUUUUUGUUGGUCCGUUGCCGUUCGCAUGCAGUCACCUUCACCACAUCGGUGAUGAUCGACGUCGUGGCUUUACACAAUCACAAGCGAUUGCCAGAAGAGUCUUUCAACUUGCGUACACAUAUCUAUUUGGAGCGUAUGCUACCUACUUGUUCUUGAGAAGUGGCCAUGCUUUCGCCCCAAUUGUGACACAUGCAGUGUGCAACUGCUUGGGAUUACCGCUAUUCAAUGAGAUCGGUGAGCUUUGUUAA